UCCUCCUCCUUGCAGACAUGAAAACCCCCAACUCGCAGGAGGCCGAAGGGCAACAGACCAGGGCAGUUGCAGGACGGGCCACUGGGUCUGCAAACAUGACGAAGAGAAAAGCCUCUCAAAAGAAACAGAGAGGCAGACCUUCGUCCCAGCCCCGCAGGAACAUUGUGGGCUGCAGGAUUUCACACGGAUGGAAGGAAGGCGAUGAGCCCAUCACCCAGUGGAAAGGAACCAUUCUGGAUCAGGUGCCUAUAAAUCCUUCUCUUUAUCUGGUGAAAUAUGAUGGAAUUGACUGUGUCUAUGGACUGGAACUUCACAGAGAUGAAAGAGUUUUGUCUCUUAAAAUUCUUUCCGACAGGGUGGCAUCAUCUCAAGUCAGUGAUGCAAACCUUGCAAAUACCAUAAUUGGUAAAGCUGUGGAACAUAUGUUUGAGGGUGAGCAUGGUUCUAAGGAUGAAUGGAGAGGAAUGGUCUUGGCCCAAGCACCUAUCAUGAAAGCCUGGUUUUAUAUUACCUAUGAGAAAGAUCCUGUCUUGUACAUGUACCAGCUUCUAGAUGAUUAUAAAGAAGGAGACCUCCGUAUCAUGCCAGAGUCCAGUGAGUCUCCUCCAGCAGAGAGGGAGCCAGGAGGAGUUGUAGAUGGCCUGAUAGGUAAACAUGUGGAAUAUACCAAAGAAGAUGGCUCCAAACGGAUCGGCAUGGUCAUUCACCAAGUGGAAGCCAAACCCUCUGUGUAUUUCAUCAAGUUUGAUGAUGAUUUCCAUAUCUAUGUCUAUGAUUUGGUGAAAAAGUCCUAACUGUUAGGGUAAACUUUGCCGCAUUUGUGAAAACAAAUGUGUACUUUGUAGA